AUGCCCUUCACGGCCAGCAAGAGGCAUAAUACCCAUUUCCACACCACAGAAAUUCCGACGCCCAUCUCGAGAACACGACGGAGCCGACGGGGGGAGAGGGCGGGGGAGGGGGAGGGGGGUGGAAGGCAAAAGCAGGGGGGAGAGCAGAGCCAGAGGCGAAAGCAGGAGGAACGAGAGCAGCAGCAGGAAGUGAGGGCCUCGCCGCUACUCCACAUCCAGCAGGUGGCCACUCGCUGCUCCCAAGACACGGGCGUCUGUGAGGAACGGAGGGGCGGAGUAGGAAGGGCACUGCAGCCAUCAGGGCCGCUUCGGGAGUGUCCGCCCCUCCGGCAGGGAGCGGCGAGUCCAGGACGCCGUACACGCGAGGCCCGACCCGUGGGGCCCACUCCCCCCGGGGGCCCGUCCGACCUCCAGCCCACGACAGACGCCCGCCCGAGCCGUCAGAACUGGGCCGCCCGCUUCCUCCUACGCCUCCGUCGCCUCUGGACUGUCCUUCGCCCUCGCCUUAGGACACAAAAACACAACGACUACCACAACUACGACAGCGACCACCAUAACAACUACGACCACAACUACAACAACGACCACGAUAACUACGACCACAAUAACAAGAACUACGAUGAUCACAGCAGAACAAUGACACGCAGGAAAGCAUUACACAACCCCAGACAUGCUGCUACUGAGUCAUAA